AUGUCCCAAAAGCAGGUUGGCUGCCCCCCUGGCGAGGAUGCAGUUGAUUGGUGCCUGUAUCAGCUCAAUGGAACGGCACAGUUUGAAGUCUCCGAAGCUGAUAUUAUUUCUACAGUUGAGUUCAAUCACACUGGAGAACUACUGGCUACUGGGGACAAGGGAGGUCGGGUUGUUAUAUUCCAAAGGGAACCUGAGAGUAAAAAUGAGCCUUACAAUCAGGGGGAGUACAAUGUUUACAGCACGUUCCAGAGCCAUGAGCCUGAAUUUGAUUAUUUGAAGAGUUUGGAGAUAGAGGAAAAAAUAAACAAGAUCAAGUGGCUACCACAGCAGAAUGCAGCCCACUCCCUUCUGUCAACAAAUGAUAAAACUAUCAAAUUAUGGAAAGUUACUGAACGAGAUAAGAGACCAGAGGGAUACAACUUAAAAGAUGAAGAAGGGAAACUUAAAGAUCUGUCUACCGUAACAUCACUACAGGUGCCUGUAUUGAAACCUAUGGAUUUGAUGGUAGAAGUCACCCCCAGGAGAAUCUUUGCUAAUGGUCACACCUAUCAUGUCAACUCAAUUUCUGUCAACAGCGACUGUGAGACAUACAUGUCAGCUGAUGAUCUCAGGAUUAACCUCUGGCACUUAGCAAUCACAGACCGGAGUUUCAACAUUGUAGAUAUAAAGCCAGCCAACAUGGAGGACUUGACGGAAGUGAUUACUGCAUCCGAGUUUCAUCCCCACCAUUGCAAUCUCUUUGUCUACAGCAGCAGCAAAGGAUCCUUGAGACUCUGUGACAUGAGGGCAUCAGCCCUCUGUGACAAACAUUCCAAACUUUUUGAAGAACCAGAAGACCCCAGUAACAGAUCGUUUUUUUCAGAAAUUAUCUCUUCAGUGUCGGAUGUUAAAUUCAGUCACAGUGGCCGAUAUAUGCUAACAAGGGAUUACCUCACUGUCAAAGUUUGGGAUCUGAACAUGGAAACGAAGCCUAUAGAAACAUAUCAGGUCCAUGAUUACCUUAGGAGCAAGCUGUGUUCCCUUUAUGAAAAUGACUGCAUCUUUGACAAGUUUGAAUGUGCAUGGAAUGGAUCAGACAGUGUUAUUAUGACAGGUGCAUAUAACAACUUCUUUCGAAUGUUUGACCGAAACACCAAGCGGGAUGUUACCUUGGAGGCAUCCCGGGAGAGCAGUAAGCCACGAGCCAUUCUAAAACCCCGCCGAGUCUGCGUAGGGGGCAAGCGAAGGAAAGAUGACAUCAGUGUCGACAGUUUGGACUUUACGAAGAAGAUCUUGCACACAGCCUGGCACCCAACUGAGAACAUAAUUGCUAUAGCAGCGACAAACAAUCUGUACAUAUUUCAGGAUAAAGUGAACUCAGAAAUGCACUAGAUCGAUCAAUAUCUUUCUGUAUUUAUAAACCAGCCUUUUGAGAGUUGUAGAAGGACAUGAUCUUCACAAAAGUAUGGUCAUUGUGAUGGAAUUUGUAGAUUCCCUCCCUCCACCCCUCAGUCUGUAUCAUUGUUGGUGGCAACCAACUGUUUUAAAUCACUGCAACUGUAUAAUUGUCUAAGUAAAAAGGCACUACUGUGAAUUCAGUAUUGUGGUCCAUGUCCAUUUUUUAAACAAUCAGGGGUAUUCAUUUCAGGACUGAUCCUGUGAGGUGCUGAGUACCCUAAACUCCAGGGACAAUGCUUCACAGGACCAGCAUCCUGCUGUGCUGCAUUCUUCCACAGUCUGCAGUGUUUACCACAUUAUUAGAGCUUUUCACAUUAGUCCCUUGAUUUUUUUUCAGGAAUGCUUUCCGGGCUUUCAAAGUCAAGUAGACUUAUUUAUGAGUGUAGGAAUAGCUGUGUCCCCCAUACAUUGCUGCGUACAGAAGGAAGGCCCUAGACAGU